AAUGGUUGCAGACCAUUUUGGACCAUCCACCGAGCCCUACCAUCUACAAUUCUGCACUCUCUUGAUAUCAUACCCCUCAUCUCUCUCUCUUUCUUUCUCUCUCUCUCUCUCUCUGCAGUCCUCGUCUGCCCCUUAUCCUCCGUCUGCUCUGGACCCCCCUCUUCGUCCAUAAAAAUUUCUGCCACAGCUGCUCCUACCUUCAAGACUCUAUCAAUGGCAGACUCAUGCCUCUUUUCGCUCCGUUCCAUCUUUACCUCAAAACCUCCCUGCCAAUGUUUCUCAAUCCCACCCAGACCCAUUAAGCUCCAGCUUUCCUACUCCUCUCACUUCCUAUCAUCUCUAUCUCUCAAACCCAAAAUCCAUAUCUCAUCCUUUGUUCCCUUUGUAGCCCAGACCUCUGAUUGGGCCCAAAGAGAAGAGGAAGGCGACACCACAAUCACUCUUACAGAAUCUGAACAAGAAGAACCCACGUGGGAAAAUCAAGCAAGUGGUGUCCCUGAAGCCCAAGUCUCUGAUUGGGAGGCUGACGGAGAAGAUGCAGCGGUGGAGGCGGUUGAGAGUGAUGGAGAGGGUGCUAAAGAGGGGGGUUUUGAGGAAUCGGAAACAGAGGAGGGCUUUGUGGAGCCACCUGAGGAUGCGAAGAUUUUUGUGGGAAAUUUGCCUUAUGAUGUUGAUAGUGAGAAGUUGGCUAUGCUAUUUGAGCAGGCUGGAACUGUUGAGAUUGCUGAGGUUAUUUACAACAGGGAAACUGAUUCAAGUCGUGGAUUUGGGUUCGUGACUAUGAGUACCGUUGAGGAAGCAGAGCAGGCUGUGGAGACGUUUCACCGCUAUGAUUUAAAUGGAAGACUCUUGACUGUAAACAAGGCUGCUCCUCGAGGAUCAAGGCCUGAACGUCCCCCUCGUGUUUAUGAAUCUGCUUGUAGAAUCUAUGUGGGUAACUUGCCAUGGGAUGUAGAUGAUGCUCGCUUGGAGCAAGUUUUUAGUGAACAUGGUAAGGUGGUGGAUGCUCGAGUGGUUUAUGACAGGGAAACUGGUCGUUCUCGUGGUUUCGGCUUUGUAACCAUGUCCACUGAGACUGAGUUGAAUGAUGCUAUAGCUGCACUUGAUGGAAGGAGUCUUGAUGGGAGGGCAAUCAGAGUAAAUGUUGCUGAACAAAGACCAAGGCGCAACUUCUUUUGACGUGAUGUAAUUUAGAUUUGAGUUUCACUGGAAGCAUUUUUCAUGUCUUUUUAGUGAGUUUUAUGGUAUCAAUUUUUUUUUUGUUAGCUAGUUGUAUGGAUGAUAUUCUUUUGAGUAUACAUGAAGAAGCUAUCCAAAAAUUGCUUAA